UAUCGAUACUAUCGUUACAGGUCCAUCGAAUAUGUAAACUAUUUCGCAAUAGCGGCUCGGAAAUUCAAUUUAAAUACAUUUAAUUGCGAUAUGUUGACACAUUGAACGGCAAAAAGGCAUCGGCAACAUGAGCAUGAGCAUUGUGCAAUAUUUUGGCAACCAGCUGAGCAAGUGCGGCUACUGUUCCGGCACCAACUGCAGCAAGUCGCACGGUAUGCAUGCGUAUAGCAUGCGAUGCCAGGACUACCAGGAUCUCAUCGACCGCGGCUGGCGUCGCUGCGGAAACUACUGCUACAAGCUGCGCAAUGAGGAUACCUGCUGCCCCUGCUACACCAUCAAGUGCGAUGCCCUGGAGUUCAAGCUGACCAAGUCCAACAAGCGCAUUCUGAGGCGCAUGUCGCGGUAUUUGCGUGACGGAAAGCGUGAAUCUGGCUCUGGGAACGGUGGUGACGGGGAUGGGGAUGCGGAUGAUGCAGCAUUACAUGGCGAGGUCAAUGCCAGCGAGCCCCAACCGCAGCUGCCUGAUAAGAGUCCGGCUGUUAUCAAUGUGGAGCAAGUUGCGUCACUCGUGGAGGCUCAGAAGAAACCCAACCCGGUAGCCAAGCCGUCCCCACCAGCUGCUACCGGUCCGUCAGCUCCACCCCCAACUCUUGGCACCAACAAAUCUGCCGCACCGAUCUCGAAUGCGCCGCGCAAAAAGGCGAAGCAAAUGCGGUUGGAGCGUCGGCAGGCCAAACUGGGGGAUUUGGCACCACCGCCACCCACCAAGCCCGGUUCUCAGGAGAAGGGUCUACGCGACUUUAUAUCGUCUGCCAGCGAGAGUGACAAGCACAAGCUACAAAUCACUUUGGUCGCUUCCUCAGACAUUGAGCGCACUUGCGCUGAUGAGGUGCUCGCAUUGUAUCGCAAGUACCAGUUAGUCGUUCACAAUGAUAAUCCUGCACGCCUCACCCUUGCUAGUAUGCAGCGGUUCUUGGUCAAAUCGCCCCUUAAGAAUGAAAAGCCCAUCGAUGGGCCGGAAAUGGGUUACGGAUCGUUUCAUCAACAGUAUUGGCUGGACGAUAAGCUAAUAGCUGUGGGUGUAAUCGACAUACUGCCUGGAUCAGUCAGUUCUGUGUACUUCUUUUACGACCCAGAGUAUAGCUUCUUAUCGCUUGGAACAUAUGGAUCUCUCAGGGAAAUAGACUUUGUGCAGACGAUAGCCGAGAGUGUGCCGUCAUUGAAAUACUAUUACAUGGGCUUCUACAUUCACUCCUGCCCCAAAAUGCGCUACAAGGGCAAGCUGUCUGCCUCCUACUUGCUGUGCCCAGAGACUUACGUCUGGCUGUCGCUUACUGACGCCAUUCGUUCUAAGUUGGAUGAAAACAAAUACCAGCGUCUUAAUCCGGAUGAUUCUGCCAGGGAUGUGAAUGAGUUUCUGAUGGAGCACUUGGAUGAGGUUAUGCUGCUGCUAGAUUCCAAAACCUUUACUGAUUACAAGCACUAUUUGAAGAUUGUUGGCCAAGACAAGGAGCGAGACACGAUUGUAGAAUACAGCAGGCUAGUGGGAAAAGAUUGCGCCCGGAGGAUGCUGUAUGUUAACAUGUCCUAAAGAUGAACACAACUUUUAUUUUUAAUUGGUCGGUUUAGAGCCAUAGUAGAGAUUAAAACUCCCUUUGAUUGUUUAUUCAUUGUUGAUCUUAGCAAAUAUGUUCUAAAUUAAAUCAGCUUUACAGAAUAAUUAAAUGUUCAAUGGCCUUGCACUUAAA